UACUCUAUGGCUAACGCACACACACUAGCACGGCAGCCGUGAUCUCCGAUACGUCUUGCUGCCGCCGACUGUCGAGUCGUUAUCAAUUUUUUUUUAAACCGGUCGUUUUUCAUUAUUUUAGUCGGAAUAAUAGUGUUUAAUGCUUAUCAUCAUUCAUCGCUCAUCAAGCCUUAUUAUUUAUUACCAUUAAUUACCUACCGAUAUCGUUUUAAGUUACCCAACCGUCAUCAAUUAUGUAGACUCCAUAAUAUAAUAAAUAACACUAUUACAAUAGUAAUAACUACGUGUGGUGUGAACGCGAUAGAGUACGUACAACUUGUUGAUUUUUUUACCUAUUGCAAUCAUAAGUUAUAACCAAAAGUUAGAAUAAUAGAUUACAAACCCGUCGGAUACGAUGAAAAUGUUUGGGUUAAAGAGAAUUGUCGACGAGAAGGUCGACAAAACAGUAGAUAUGGCUUCAGACGCUGUUAACUGUUUGCUGGACACAACGUACAAGGGUGGAUUAUUCUCAAUGAUUAUCGUUACCAUCGUAUGGGUGUCCAUAUUUCUGUACAUAGCAUUCUAUUAUGCGUACAUGCCUUCUCUCAUGUUCAGCCGUCCGAUUCACAUGCAAUUCAAAUCCUGUUACAGCAAUAAAGGUUUAUGUGAUUACCCUUCAGCACAUGUUCAGUUAACCAAAAGCCACCAGUUAUUAAUGAUUGGUCAAAAAUACAAAAUUACGGUUUACGUUGAGCUUCCAGAAUCACCGGUUAAUGAAGAAAUUGGAAUGUUUAUGCUCUGUGUUCGUUUGAGUGACAAAUUUGGCUAUCUUGUAUCGUCUUCCUGUCGAUCUAGUAGAUUAAGGUACAUGAGCCAACUGUAUCGUGCGGUUCAUACAUUGUUUAUGGUACCAUUUUACCUGACAGGAUUAUCCGCAGAAAAACAAUUAAUCCAGUUAGAAAUGUAUACAGAUUUUGAGGAAGAUCAAUUACAUCCAGUUACGGACAUUUACUUCGAGAUGUUAAAUCAUGAUAUUCAAAUUUAUUCUGCCAAGAUAAACAUCAUUGCUAACCUGGGUGGUUUACGAUACCUCAUGUUUCAUUGGCCGAUAGUAUCGGCUUGUCUAGGAAUCGGAUCAAAUCUCCUUUUUGUAUUUUUUGUGUUUUCAAUGUCAUGGCGACAUAUAUAUGGACCUGAAGUUUAUAGAAGUGAACCAAAUGAUCUUUUGGGCCGAACAGGUAUCGGACACUUGGAUGAAUUUGAUUCUGAAGAUGAUUCCGAAAUAUCAGAUGAUUUAUCUAAAAAAGAGUUUCUUCCUUAUAGUUUUUCAUCACCCAGCCUAAUGAUUCCUGAGCAAUAGUUGAUAAUCUUAUUUCUAACUAGAAAUAUUUUGAUUUGUCAUAACCUGAUAAUUAUUAAUUUAUAAAUGAGCAAAACUCUUUUAUUGUAGGUACCUAUAAUAUUUAUGUUAUCUUUGUUUUAGAUUUAAAACAGAUAGGUACCAGAAAAAUAUAGGGUAUAGACUAUUCAACAGUCUCUGUGGUGCUUUUAUUUAGCGUUUUAUUUUAUACUUAAGAUUAAUGUAUAUAAUACUUUUUAUUAUUUCUUUCUUUAUCUUGUUUUAAUUAGUUGUUUGUUUAGUGAUUAGAGAAUAAUAUUUUUUUAGUUUUGUAUCUCAUUGUAGUUACCAAAUUCUAUCGUUGUUAUAAUACCUAUAUAAUUAUAAAUUUUGAAACAUUUA